UUCUGGACAUUUGUCUUAGCAGGUAUCAAAAGCAGGUUGGACUCUCCAGGAUGUCAUUGCAAGUGGAAAAUCAGGGGAGGAAUUUUGUGAAGGCAGUGAGUCCUUCACUUAAGAACGGAAUUAGCUCUCUCAAUGCCUUAACCAUCAGCCUCUUAGAUAUAGAUAAAGACCUUAUGUAUGUGGCCAAAGAUGAUUUCAAGUUCAGGGAAAUUCGGAGUGCUAUAGUUAACGCACAGCAGAAGCUGGGGGAGGCUGAGUCGGCUGCAUGCGGGGAACUCAAAUUGGUAGAUUAUCGCUAUGAAAAGCUGAUGGUUAGAAAGGGGAAUCUAUCUAGACAGCAGGAAAGCACAAAAGAAAAACUACAAAAUUUUAAAAGUCAGCAAAAAAACAACAAAGCCACUCUAGACAUGUACAAAGCAAAUAAAAACUCUGCAGAGUAUCGUCUUAGAGAUGCAUGGGAGGAGCUCAUGUUUCAGAGGAGGAAUGUGGAGGAGGCAGAAGCACGAAGGGAUGCUGGAAUUGGGAUCGCAUUUAUUCCCAUUUUUGGGUGGAUUGCUGGUCCAAUAAUGAUCGCAGAGGCUGAAAAUGACAUUGAAAAUGCAACUUACUACGUCGAGCAGGCAGAGGAAACGGUUGAACAAUUUGACUCCCUGGUGCGAGAGUUCAGCUGGAAAGUGUCUGACUAUGAGAGAAAAAUCGAUCAGACUCGCAAUGAGAUUUCGAAGACAGAGGAUGAGCUGAGGCAGAUAGGCUGGGAGAUUGACAAGGUCCUAAUGCAGCGGAAGAAGAUUGCUGACUUCCAGGAGAAGAUGAGGAACUCUGUCAAAGUUCUCGGUUGUCUUGCUGGGACAUGCAACGUGGCAGAGAUUCAAACGCGCUGCUUUGUGUUGCUGGAGGCGAUGAUGAAGUUACUGCAGGACUUUGUCAGGUUGGUGGAAGGCCUCAGAGAAGAUCGCUUUCUCCGGGAUGAAGGCAUUAAAGCCCUCAUCACAAACCUGCAGGUCAACUACAUCAAGCUUAAGGCCAUCGCUGUGCCUCCUGAUACCUCUGCCAUUGAAGAUUACGUAUAAAUUUUCCAUUCAUUUUGUGCAUGACUUAUGCUUCAUCUUUGCCUAUUUCGGGGGUGUGUAGGGGUGGUGGUGGAAAGGAGAAUAGCCUUCACAAAUGUAUGCCUACCUGCUAAAUGCUUUGCAAAAGCUAUCUUUAUACUGAGUGGAUAUUUUAAUGUUCUAUUAAUAGAGGAGAAGUAAAAAUGUACUUCACUCACAAUUAACUAUGAUCUGUCCUGAAUGCUUAUGAAAUGAAUCAGUGAUGUAUGUAAUAAACAUUUCACAAAAA